AUGUCUUACUCUCCACCAGACUCGGCCAAGCCAUUUACGCUCAACAUCUCCGACCAGGACCUGUCCGAGUGGAGACAGCUUCUCCAGCUCUCCAGGCUUCCGCCAGACACAUGGGAGGGGCGGCAAGAAGACCGUCGCUUUGGUGUAACACGCAAAUGGCUUUCCGAGACGAAGGAUUACUGGCUUAGCCAAUAUGACUGGCGUGCUGCUGAAAGGCAUAUCAACUCUUUCCCGAAUUAUAAGAUGCAGAUUGAAGAUGUCGAUUUGCAUUUUGUCGCUCUCUUCUCUGAGAAGAAGGAUGCAAUUCCUAUAAUACUCAUGCAUGGAUGGCCUGGCAGCUUCAUCGAGUUCCUGCCCAUACUCAGCAUUGUAAAAAAAAAGUAUUCGACCAAGGAUUUGCCGUACCACAUCGUGGUGCCGUCAUUGCCCGGCUACACUCUUAGCACGAUACAAUCUCACGAUAAGCAGUGGGACCUCGAGGAUUCCAGUCGUGUCAUGAAUCAGCUCAUGCUGAACCUAGGGUUUAACAAAUAUCUUGGUCAGGGAGGAGACGUGGGGCAUUUCACGGCGCAAAUCCUGGCUAGAGAACAUGAGGCGUGCGUUGGAAUACACUUGAACAUGAUUGCUUCUCUUCCCAACCCGGACGAGAACACGGUUAUGGAUGAAGUAGAACGAGAGACGCUUGGCCGUGCCCAGAAGUGGAUCACGACUGGCAUAGGCUAUGCUCUCGAACACGGCACCAGGCCGGGCACCAUUGGAAGCGUCGUGGCGUCGAACCCAUUGGCGAUGUUGGCAUGGAUCGGGGAGAAGAUGCUGGAAUGGUCAGAUGAAGAUCCAUCGCUCGAUGAGAUUCUGACCAACAUUUCCUUGUACUGGUUUUCCGGUUGCUUCCCGUCGUGCCUUGGUGUUUACCGCCAGUAUUUUGGGGGUGCCCCGAUUCCGAAAUGGAAGUUCACUGAGAAACCUUUGGGCUAUUCAUUCUUCCGGUUCGAGCUGGGGGUGGCAGUCAAGAGCAUUCUGGAAAAGGAGACGAAUCUGGUCUUCUACCAGCGGCACGAACGGGGCGGGCACUUUGCGGCUCUGGAGCGGCCGGCAGAUCUGUGGGAGGAUAUUGAGGGGUUUGUUAGCAAGGCCUGGAAGGUAUGA